AUGGAGGAUCUAGACAUUGAACUUCUCAUUGAAGCUGUUCGGCGUGUCUCAUGCAUCUGGGAGAUUAGCUCUAAGAGCUACAAAGACCAGAAACUGCGUGAGAACGCCUGGAAAAAGGUUGCGACAGAAGUCAGCGCAAAUGUAGAGGACUGCGCAAGAAAGUGGAAAUCUCUCAGAGAUGAGUACGUGAGGGAACUCCGUAAAGUAAAACAGAAAGUGUCAGAGGCGGAGGGUCCACCACAGUCUUGUUCGUGGCCUUUCUUCACUCUGAUGAGUUUUUCAAAUCAUCUGACGUGGAGCAACAUUCCAUCUACUGCUUGCCCCAGAGAUGAGACUGAUGCAUAUGACAGAACUCCAUCAAAUCAUGAAGUCACUCUCGAGCUCGAAAACAGUGAGAGCUAUGCAGUGGAAGAUGAGGUAUUUCAUGACGAACGAAGUCCAUCUCCUCCACCACCAGUCCUUCACAAGUCUCUAACAUCUAGUCCACCUUCAGCAUCUUCUUCUGCUUCAGAACCACCAGCAGGAAAGAAUUCUUCAAGGCAAACAAGAAAGAGACAGAGACAAACGGCGGCAGGUGGACUAGAUCCAUUGGACAUCGCAAUGAUCGAGAGUCUGAAUAAGGUGAAGGCCAAGUGUGCGAAGAGUCAUGAAGAAGAUGAAUCGGGCUUGUUUGGGGUGCAAGUAGGUGCCACACUCAGAUGCCCGUCACAGCAUCAACAAACAGUUGCUAAGUUAAAAAUCCAGCAUUUCUGA